GAUAAUUGACAAAGAAUUUGUUCUUCCCCUCCCUGGCAUCUCGUGGAAUUGGACACAAACUGGAAUAUAUUUCAGUGAUCUUCGAGAGUCUUACGUCAGUGGAGAGAAGAGAGCUUUUGCAGAGGGAUACAGAGCGGAGGCAGAGGAGGGCAGAGGUGUGCUGGAUGGGGGCCACAGCCGGGCCUGAUGGCAGGAGCCCAGAACACAGUGAGCUCUAAUCACGAACUCUAGAAGCCGCAGAGGUGCUACAGUUCACGUGGAGAUACUGAAAAGGUUGUGUGCCCAUGAGGUCUUCCAUGCUGGUCCUGUUCCUCCUCUUCAGUGCCCAGGCUGUGGCCGCCAUCGGAGGAGCAGCACAGCAGCAGGGUCCAGGCAACAACACCACCUCCAUCCCCACAGUGGACCCCAAACUCUUCACCAAGCGCCGCUACCUCUCGCCCCGCGUGCUCUUCAGCGCUCAGCCGCCUGAUGCAGAACCGACGGAGUCACAGAGUGGCGGCAAAAGGACCCGCAGGCGAGCGGGUCAGCCGCAGCACCGUGGAGUUUACUCAGUGUGUGAGAGCAUCAGCGUCUGGGUGGGCAACAAGACCAAAGCCACGGACAUCUCAGGCAACGAGGUGACAGUGCUGCCGGACGUCAAUAUCAACAAUGUAAACAAGAAGCAGUACUUCUUUGAGACGACGUGUCACAGCGCCCGCUCGGGCAGCUCUGGCUGUUUGGGGAUCGACGCCAGACACUGGAACUCCUACUGCACCAACUCACACACUUUUGUACGAGCGCUGACUUCCCAUAAGAACCUGGUGGCCUGGAGGCUCAUACGCAUCAACGUGGCCUGUGUAUGUGUGCUGAGCCGCAAGUCGUGGCGGCAGUGACGACUUUCCAUGCACAUCACAGGAUCACACCCUCAGUCAAAUAGAAAUACUGACAUACUCAUCACCAAAGACUGAUCACCCCCUGCACAAAGUAAAUUAUUGGUAUAUGUUAAAGUAUCAGGACUGCAUGUAUAUACACCAGGCUUGGGUCAAAUCGUAUCUGUCUGUGGCUGCUGAUUUCACUUGUUUAGAAGUCCCAAACAUGAAGGAGUUGUUGCUGUGUCACUUAGCGUCUGACUGUCCUAGCUGCUGUUUAUAACAGGUUCAGCUCACAGUGGUUUAAACCGCAGCUAUCAAACUCAUACAGAUUUCUCUUAACCCUCAUGUUGUCCUUGGAGCCAAUCUGACCCCUAAUGAAAUCUUUUGACAUCAAAAUACGUUUUUUAUACUUAUAUAAACAAGGUCUAUUGGCCCUAAAUUCCAAAACGAAGGGAAAAAUGUGUGGUAAUGGGUUGGACUAAAGUAAGACUUAAGGUGUAACACAGAUUGACAAUUUAUACAACAGGUUUUAAAUAACAGGGUGGGGUCAAAAUGACCCCAGAGGACAAAAGGUGUAUGGCAAUCAGGAGGUCAUUACAAAAGGAAAACCACCGACUUUUGACAUCAAAGUCUGUUUUCAGUACUACUGCCUGAGAUAAAA